AUGUCGGGACAGGUUGAGCUUGAGCCUCUCGCCUCCGAGUUGGGCAGCAACGCAGUGGACGAGGUGAGAGGGCUGGAGAGAGCAUCGAUUCGCUUCCACGAGGACGGGAAGAAUCUGGCGAGAGCCAAGACCGACAGCAACCUGCAGGCGAGGCUGAUGGUCCGCCAAGCCAACCAUCUCUUCGGGGAGACCGUCGCCUCCAUGAAGAUGCUGCAGGACCUCCGAGCUUCUCUGCGCUCUUUCGACCUCCCCAGCCCUCCCAAGAGACGUCUCCUCCUCCAGCCCUUCCCUCCCGUUCCUGACUUCAGUCCCCAGCUGCUGCCAUCAAAGCCAUCAACAGCCGACGAGCGCACUUGCCCGUCAGCGGGGGGCGAGCGGGGGGAGAACAAGAGCAAGACGCGCGCAAGUGCUCAUGCUGCUCCGCUGCCUUCCGCUUUUAACUGUGGUACAGAGCUGCGGGCGAUCGUCAGUUCGCCUUGCAGACAAAGACAUGAAACGUCAAAGAGCGAGAAGCGGUUGAGAAUCUCAAGACCCGCCACGUCGCUCGGCUACUCGUCGCUUCCCAAUCGCUUGGAGGAGCAACAGGACAGACCCAGGCCAGCAUCUGCCAUGGAGUCAGAGGAGCGAUCCGAGCCUGACCAGCUGCUGAACGUGAUGGGAUACCUCCCUCCAUCCAACGACCGACAACUUUCCAGCAUUUCCUCGCGGAUCAAUCCUCAAGCACAUGGCCAUGUCUUCGUCAUGGCAUCUCGUCUCAAGAUCACUCCUGGCUCGAUCGUACGGCACAAGCCCCAGCAAGAGACAAGCACAUCUCCUCCCACUCUCAUCAACUCUCUGCAUACCACGAGUGUCGCGUCGAGGCGGGUCAAUUUCAACGAGUAUCUCCGCGUGGCUUCAGCUGGCGACAGUUCCAUGCGGAGGGAGGCAGCGAGAGGGAGGCAGCCAACUGCCAAAGGCAGCGGAGGCAACGAAUCUCGUCGAGUCAAGACGGGAAUGCUGGACUUCGCGAGGAGGAAGCAGCUUGACUGGUCCUGGAGCUCGACGGGGCCUCGUCCUGACCUCUCGAUGGAUUUUCACGUCCAGUCGCCCAACUCAAGCGACGAGCUGAGGCUGGAGGAACAUCACGCGAUCCUCCGACACUACACCCACACGUGA